CGGACUAGUAGUACCGUACAUACGGUAGUACGGAGCCAUCAGAGUGUUAUGGUCCGCAACGAUUGCGCACCCAAAAAAUAGCCUAAAAUGCUGCGCGCAAAAAAAAAGGUCCGCGAUUGUCUUUCGAAAAACGUACGGUAAGUACGUACUUGGUACUCGUACCCUUGCCCGGUAAAACCCUAAUCUUCUUGCAUCAAUCCGUGAACAAACAUCAAAUACACGAUUGACGAUGAUUCCAGAAGAAAAAGUACUAAAAUAGCUGUUUCUGGCGUUGGUCAUAAAGUUGGCACGCUCGAUCCAACGCAAAGCUCUUUCUAAAUACAAUUUGAUGCAUCAUGUGUUGACAGCUGACCCGGUGCAUCUCCCAUUCCUUUGUUGUUGUCAACAGCGGUUUUUGAUGCACCGUUUCGUGGGCUUAACGGUACGUGCGGUACUAUCCGAGCAUUCAAACUGCCAUACGUACUGCACGAUACAGUACGAUUACCCACUAUCCUCUAUCACACGAUCAAUAAUAUUUCGAAAGAACACCUACCCAACAAGAGAGAAAGGAAAAGAAGCAACGAACGAAAGCAUUGGCUAAUCGAACACAAUUGGUUUCACUUUAGAAGUGCAUUAAUAAAAAGAAAAAAACAACGUCUUGUGACUGUCGCUACAUCUGUGUGAAAUAGACUUGCCCAAGCUGCGUUGAUCAACCGAUUAUUCCAUCACGUGGGGAAGGGCCAUCAACGGUCAUAUUUUGCGUUGCGUUGAGCCGUGAAGCUGUAUGCAAAAGAAAUGAUUGAGUCGGUGAACGAACACAACGAUAUCCCGGGAGAGAUGACGGCCUGUAGUCCGAUCAAUGUGAUGGGGACUACAGCUAAGAAUUCUGUGCCGACACACGAAACAGAAGCAACGCCGCCAGCAGCUACGAGUACUAAUGCUUCUACGCCCUCGCCCCCCUCGCCACAGCCAACACCCUCAGAAAAUCCCGCCAUCACCCCAACGGCUUUUAAUUCUUCCCCCCCAAAACUGAGACGAAAGGUUUCGGUAGAAGAAUCCAUCGACAAUGCCGUCUCGGUCCAGAGAUUAGUUGAAUACUUUCUCGUUGUCAGUUGCAAACCCCGGUGGGAGAUCUACAAUUCCACCGCUGGGCACCCUGUGCCCGCCAACGGCAAUCCUGGAGAUGUCCCCAAAAGCCCAAAGCGCCAGGGAGCACGGUUUUCUCCGAUCACCACAAGGCCCACUGCCAUCGCAGACCAGGGGAUACAAACGUCGACAUCGAGCUCAAAUACAAACACAACUAUAUCAGCGCGCGAAACCACAGGAACCGAACACGCUAUCCACCAUGCCCUCUCGACAGGAAAAGGCAUUCAUGGCGAAGAGGACGAUGAGUGUCGGGAAGAUCCAUCGCUGUCGAUCGCAGAAACCGCGCUGCCGCCACCGCAACCAACCGAGACGUGGAACCGCACCGAGGGGGCAGAAGAGAACAUUCGCCUCCCAGACGCUUCGGAGCUCGAUAACCUGCACGCGUUUUCGCCAAAGGUCACUGCAAGAUUCCCAUCGGAGGAUCAUUCCGACCACCCGCUGAAUCCAAUGAUUACGCAAUUUUGCUUUUCCGGGGGAGACGUCGUCCAUCCCUCGACGGAAUACAAGAUGCCCAGCGCACACCACUUUGUGAUGACCAACGACAAGGGACGAAAGGUAUAUGGGACGUGUCUUAUGAUAUAUGAAGAAUACAAGCCACCCAAAAAUGCACCCUGGCAGCAGCGAUGUGAAAACAUCUACCCGGCUUGGUGUGGUGGCACCGGCAUCGAAGUGAGCGUCACAACGGAGGAAAAUCGAUUGUAUAUACCGAAGUGCUUGUGCAUCUUGUCGAUAUGGCCCUACGUGACGGCUUUUCGAGAGUACCUCGCCCAGCUCUACCGUCUUGCCACUAGCACGGACUGUAUGAAGGCGCCGAUCGAACGAUACGUGAUGAAUCUGUGCUCGGAAAUCCCUGCUCCGCCCCCGGGGGCCUUUGAGGUGAAGAUGAGCAUUUUGGAUUCUGUCAUUCGGUUCUGGUCGCCCCCCGCGAAGCUCCCCAUUGCAUACGUAUCUCUUCCGUAUCAGACGCUGUUUGAUUGCCUAGACAUCGACAACAUUUUGCACCUCUGGUACUGCCUGACGAUGGAACGAAAGGUCCUCCUCUUGUCGAGUCAGCAAUCGAUCUUGACGGUUUGCUCAGAAAUUCUUUGCUCCCUACUGUAUCCGAUGAAGUGGAGCCACCUAUACGUUCCCCUGCUCCCGAAGUUCCUGUGUCCCAUUCUGGACGCACCCGUUCCAUACCUGUGCGGAGUAACAAGAGACGAUUGGUUCAGUGUACAAAAAUUCGUGUGCGACGAAACGAUUGUGGUAGACCUGGACCGAAACAGCAUCAUAUUUGGACAGCGCACCGCGGAGUUGCCCCAGGUGCCGGGGAAGAAAUGGCUGAAACUCAACCACAGCCUCCAGGACAUUGCCGGACAUUUAUUUUGGAGGGGUAGGGGUCUCGAGACGGAAUACGACCUGUUAGUUCGAAAGAAGAUCGACCACAGCGAAUUUAAGGAAAUUGCGGAGCGAAAGGGAGAGCACUUCUGGAAGGAAAAACUCGCGACGCUGGACCAGGCGUUCAAUCUGCAGUAUACACCGGAUUCGGAGCAUGUAUCGAACGACACUACGGACGACGGCGAUGGUGAGGAACAAAACAUUUGGGAUCGAUUGCAAGAGGCAUUUUUGCGGUUUUUUGUCGCCGUGUUCAAGGACUAUCGGAAAUUCAUUCAUGUACCCGACAAGUCCAAGCUGGAAUCGCAGUCUACGGGCCCGGGGGACUGGCUGAAUUGGGGACAAAACCACAAAUUCGACAGGGAUGGUUUUAUCGCUUCUCAGAAUUCCGAUUACUACUAUUACCUUUCAGAGCUCUGUUCUACGCAACAGUUUGACGAUUUCAUUACAAAACGAUUGUACAGCCCGGAACUUCCGGACAUAAUUUUCUUUGACCAAAGCAUCGAUGCAAAACUGAACCGCAGCCGGCUGAAACUAAAAAAGGUCCACACCCCGUUUCUCCAGAGUGCGAAAACACACAAGCAGCUCGAAACAUUUGUUGCCGUUGAGCCAAACACGUCCAAUCUUCGCAUGGAGGCUCCUUUUAUGUAUGAUACCUGGCCGGACACGUUCGAUGCUUCCUUAUUUUGCCAUCCCCGUCCCAUCCCAGGUAUGAUCACGGCAGAAUUCGAUCGCCAGGCGUCACUGGUGAAACGCUUGCAACUGAACUGUUCUCCGACGUUUGACAAAGAUUCCGAUCUCGUCGACCUCUACGGGAGCGACUAUGACUACACACCUGAGGGAAUGUCUUUUACCGUGUUUUUCUUUGUAUAUUCUGCGGUUAUUGGACGCGAGUGGCAGCAGUAUCAAUUGAAGAGGAGGGAACUCGAAAACACGGUACUACCGCCACCGAGUGCCGAGGCAAUUCCCUUGGAAAGGGUCGCGGAAGAGUGCGAGAGUAAGGACCCAUCCUUUGAGGUUCAAGAAGGGGAGAAAGCUGUUUCUGCCUCCCAACCAGAUUAUUUAUCGGACUUGACUAUGGGCGUGUGUGGCGGCGUCGUGUGCCCUGGCGGGGAGCGCGCAGCCGGGGAUGCGAUGGCGUACAUCUCGGACAAGAACCCAUGCCCGGAUUUCACCUCGGAUGCGCAGGCUGCGUACGACACCCUGUCAAAUUAUGUCUCGUCGCUCGAUCCGACCGAUGGCUGCCGAAACAGCAGCCUCUUGGACAACGACGAUGCUUUUGCAGAAUACGAGGAAGCAAGGGAGGUUUCUGUAGCCCAGCUCGACCUGGCGUUCGAUGCGCUUGAAAUGAUGGAGACGCGUGGGCUGAAUACCGAUCCAGAUGUGUUCAAGUCGCUGAUGGAGGCAUGCGGAAGAUGCGGGAAUACCAAGAGGGCUCUCGCAUUGAUCGAGAUCAUGAAGCGUGACGGCCUCGUUGCCGACAACGACGUUCUCAUCUUCUUCAUGGCGUCGUUUGCUCAUUGUAGACCGUACGAAGAAGCAAGCGCAUUUGCACCAACCGAAAGUAAGAUGAAAGCAGGGCGCCGGGGUUCUGACGCAUAUUCCCAAUUCCUGAAAAAGAAAAUGAUGGUAAUGAGAGGAGAUUCCGAAGGAAAUAUCUAUAACAUGCCCAUUCCAUCGGACGAAGAUAGUAGCUUGAGCGAUGGCUUAUCAGACAGCGGCUCGGAAGUAUCGACAGAGCCUGUGGCGUCAUCUGUAUUCCAAAUGUUUGCGCCGCACCUGAAAAAAGCAAAAACAAAGAAAAAAAGACGGAGACGAAAGAAAAAGCAACUGAAAAAUAUACCCGAAAAUUUGUCGGAUCGAAUAAAGAAGCAGCUCGAACUGGGAGAGAGUCUCUUGGAAUUUCUCUACCCUGAUAUCUCCAUUGACACCUUUGGCGAUGCGUGUCCCAUGUGUUCGAACGUUAUGAACGAAGAGAACAUUGUGUCCGGCUGGCAGCAGUGCAAUUUUCAGGACUUUACAACGUCUUGUCCCCAGUGCAGCCACCGAUUCGUGCCACGAUUUAAGAUUUCCUGUUCAUCUCCUGACUUUGAGGGCUCGCAGGGACCAGGGACACCUCUUUAUUGCGAAUUUCUCUCUCCCUGGGUGUUGAGAAAGGAACUUGGCCAUAUUCUUGGUGGCACGAACAGUAUCGAUCAAAUAUUGGAUCCCGCUUGGCGAAGUGGCAGGGACAUACGAGCGACCAUCUGGUGGAACCUGAUCGCGAUGUUCAAGCGAUACCAGCUGCCUUUUUCAUUUUUGCUACAGGGAAGUUUUCGAAACCGUCUUAUCAAUCCGGUCCCACAGGAUUGAGUGUGCAUUCGUCAAGGUUGUGUGUAGAGAUGUACAGUACCAGAGGAGGAGAUUAUCCUGGGCUCGGUGCAAAAUGUUCAAUGGCAAUAGAACAAAGGGUGGUGUGAAAGACAUGAGGAUAACAGUAUUGAAUGGUUUGUUAUAAAUUUUUUAUGAUUGU